ACUGCACCUGAAAUGUGAAUAAUUUAACAGCGUGAGAGGCUGCGGCCAGAAGCUGUCAGCCUCCCUUUCUUUCCCUGAAGGAGAGUGAAGAUGCAGCAGGAGCAGGAAAUGACUGCUCUGCCUUCUGGGCCUGAGGACGACGAGGCUGCCAAGCCCGGCCUGGAGGCUGCUGUCCCCAGUCCCAGCAGCCUCAAACUCGAGUGCGUCAUCUGUUACUGCUGCUAUGACCUCUCUGCCCACCUCCCUCGCCGCCUCUACUGUGGCCACGCAUUUUGCCAGGCCUGUAUCCGACGCCUCAAUGUGGUGGCCAACGAGCAGUGGUGGAUCCCGUGUCCCCAGUGCCGCCAAAACACCCCCACCCCACGCGGAGGGGUGGCAAUGCUUGACUUGGACCUCGCGGCCUUCCUCGCCGUCAAGUCCGAGAAGGUGCUUCCCCGGCAGGGAGGCCGGCUGUCACUGGAGCGGUUCUCCAAGGAGAAGCCGGUCAUCACGGAGCAGCCGAGUGGCUCGUGCCAGGAAGUCUCGCCUGAGCCCCAGCCCUGCCUUCCCUGGAAUGGCUGCUGCUGCCCCUGCGACCCCACUCUCUGCUGUGGAACCGCUGCGGCUUUUCAGAGCUGAAUUAGCUUCCUGCCUGCCUGGGGGGAGUAACUGGGAAGGGAGGAGAAGCAUUUGCUCAUUGCUGGACUUCAGAUUCCAGGAUUUUCUGAAAACCUUUUUGCUGCAAUUUUCAGGGCUUCUAGCACCAUCUCCUAACCAGUCCAGGGGUUGCGUGUAAGCCCUCCGGCCUCAAAUCUUGCACCAGCUCCUCAGUGCUUGCUUGGUGAUGGCAAGCUGGGCAUUGCUGCAGAGUGUAGCCAGCUGGUCCUAAUCCUCGGGUUGCGUUCUUAGUGAGGUGUUUUAUUUGGGUCUUAGUUGCAAGUGUCUGUCCGAAUAGAUCCGAUGGCUCGGACUCUGCCUCUAGUCUCUUUUUAGUCAGUCACAGGCUGCUUCCAGAGAAGCACUAGGUCUGGAAUGGCUACAGAGGAGGGAGAGCCAUUUGUCUGAAAUGAUAUAGGGUCUCCUGCUUAAGCAAGGGGGUCCUACUAGAAGACCUCCAAGGUCCCUCCUAACUCUCCAGUUCUGUCAUUCUGCUCUUCUCCCCUCUUUUAUCUCUUCCCCUGAUUCCUUUUUGUCUUUUUGCUGGACUGGGCACCAGGCAUCCUUGGAGCAAACACCCUCAGUCCUUUUUUGUUUUCCAUUUUGGAGAACAUGCUUGGCUGUGAGUCUGUUGGGGGCUGAAACUCAGCAGCGUAACACUCUUUGACUCUUAUAUUUUCUUAAUUUUUUUAGGUUUAGUCUCUUUUUCAAAAACUGGAAUGUUUUUCUGACAGUUUCCAAGUGAGAGAAUAUCAUACUGCUAUGCUGCUGCAAUAGUAAUAUUAAAAUAUU